AUGGUUAAAACAACACCCGCUUUUUUCAUUCUUCUUCUAACGAUCACUACUUAUGUUUCACUACUAUUAAAUUCAGUCAUUGCAGCUAAUCCAAAGAAAGGGUUUACUUUGAGGAUGAUUCACAAAGACUCGAAAGAGUCACUUUUUUCCGAUCCUGCUGAGGAUAUUCAUUUGACAACAGAGGAUAGAAUACAAAAACUCAUGGAACAAUCCAAAAGUCGAGCACUUUACUUCAGGUCCCAAAUAUUACUCCAUAGACAAAAUGCAACAAGCUCGAUGAUAAAUCCCGAUGUAGUACAGGUGCCGGUAUCUUAUGACCCAGCAAUGUGGUACGUCGGAAUGGUAGGUAUAGGUACAUUUACUGAUAGAUAUUUCAGAGAUUACUAUUUGGUGGUUGAUUCGGCUAGUGAUAUGACGUGGGUUCAAUGCAAAGGUGCCACGCAUAUUUUCUAUCAAGAAGUUCCUCUUUAUCCUUGGGAGGAUUCAAAAACAUAUCGUCCCCUUCCUUGUGGGGAUCAUAGUAUUCUCUGCCCUGGCGAUAAAUGCAAUAAGGAGGGCCAAUGUACCUACGAAGCAAAAUAUUCGGAUGGUGGAUCUUCAUCUGGUGUUAUAGCUCAAGAAACAUUCACUAUAUUCUCAAGUGCUGGUGGCGUUGAAAGUGUUCAGAUACUCAUGGGCUGUGGUUUCAACCAAGCAAAUUUUCUCGAUUUCGGUAUUAAUCAUUUCAAGAAAAAGCCUGAUCUUAUUGCAGGAGUACUUGGUUUAGGAAGAGGACAGAUUUCUUUUCUAAAACAGCUAGGUGGUCAUGAACAAAAUAAAUUUUCCUACUGCUUUGAGUUAUAUGGUAUUUUCUUAAGCAACACGUAUUUAAGGUUUGGUGAAGACGCGAUUAUCGAAGGUCAAGUACAUACAACUCCCAUAGUUGAGAACCUCGUUCACAAAUCGUUUUAUUACUUAAAUCUAGAAGAUAUCAGUGUGGGGAACAAGAAGGUAGGUUUUGUAAAAGCAGAUUUUGAGAUUAAAGAGAAUGGAACCGGCGGUUGCAUGAUAGAUUCAGGGACUCAGUAUACGAUUAUGUAUAAAGAUCAUUUUGUUAGACUUGCAAAGGUUGUAGUGGAAUAUUUUGAACAGAUUGGUAUGCCUCGUGACGAAUCCACCAAUCUUCUUUGCUUUGUUAGACCGAAAGAACGGUCGUUUACACUUCCGCACAUAACAUUCCAUUUUACAGGGGCAAAUUAUGUUGUUUCAGAGGUGACUUCUCUAUUUCUAUGGAUGCGUGGUAACAUGUGUUUACUUAUGGGUAGCUAUGAUGCUGUUGAUUCCCCGGCUUUGAUUUUAGGAGCACAACAACAAACUAAUAAGAGGAUAUUGUACGAUAAUUUUAAUAUGAAACUCUCGUUUGUCGAUGAGAUAUGCAAAUUAGAAUGA